CCGAGCUGGGCAGGAAGUCGAGGCGCUCGGCACAGACACGGGCUCAGGGUCUUCCGAGCGGCCACACCUGCUGACUUAGCGCUCCCCUCGAGUGUCUGCAGCACCCUCUUUCCCGGGCGGCGACAUCCGGCAGCCAGAAAUUCACGAUGUCUAUUCUCAAAGUGCAUGCCAGAGAGAUCUUCGACUCUCGUGGGAAUCCCACUGUUGAGGUGGAUCUCUACACCUCGAAAGGUCUCUUCAGAGCUGCUGUGCCCAGUGGUGCCUCAACUGGUAUCUACGAGGCUCUAGAACUCCGGGACAAUGACAAGACCCGCUAUAUGGGCAAGGGUGUCUCCAAGGCUGUUGAGCACAUCAAUAAAAGUAUUGCGCCUGCCCUGAUUAGCAAGAAACUGAGCGUGGUGGAGCAGGAGAAGAUCGACAAGCUGAUGAUAGAGAUGGACGGAACGGAGAACAAGUCUAAGUUUGGUGCGAACGCCAUUCUGGGAGUGUCCCUGGCGGUCUGCAAGGCUGGGGCUGUUGAGAAGGGAGUGCCCCUGUACCGCCACAUUGCUGACCUGGCUGGCAAUGCCGAGGUCGUCUUGCCAGUUCCGGCUUUUAAUGUCAUCAAUGGUGGUUCUCACGCUGGCAACAAGCUGGCCAUGCAGGAGUUCAUGAUCCUCCCCGUCGGUGCCACCAGCUUCAAGGAAGCCAUGCGCAUUGGAGCGGAGGUGUACCACAACCUAAAGAACGUCAUCAAGGAUAAGUACGGGAAAGAUGCCACCAACGUAGGAGAUGAAGGCGGCUUUGCUCCCAACAUCCUGGAGAAUAAAGAAGCACUGGAGCUGCUGAAGCAUGCCAUCGCGAAAGCUGGCUACAGCGACAAGGUGGUCAUCGGCAUGGACGUGGCUGCCUCUGAGUUCUUCAGGUCUGGGAAGUAUGACCUGGACUUCAAGUCACCCGAUGACCCCAGCAGAUACAUCACCCCUGACGAGCUGGCCAACCUGUACAAGUCCUUCAUCAAGGACUACCCCGUGGUGUCCAUCGAAGACCCCUUCGACCAGGACGACUGGGAAGCGUGGCAGAAGUUCACUGCGAGCGCGGGAAUCCAGGUGGUGGGCGACGACCUCACAGUGACCAACCCGAAGCGUAUCGCCAAGGCCGUGAGCGAGAAAUCCUGCAACUGCCUCCUGCUCAAAGUGAACCAGAUCGGCUCGGUGACCGAGUCCAUUCAGGCGUGCAAGCUGGCCCAGUCCAGCGGGUGGGGCGUCAUGGUGUCGCAUCGCUCCGGGGAGACUGAAGACACCUUCAUCGCUGACCUGGUGGUGGGGCUCUGCACUGGGCAGAUCAAGACUGGUGCGCCUUGCCGAUCUGAGCGCUUGGCCAAGUACAACCAGAUCCUCAGAAUUGAAGAGGAGCUGGGCAGCAAGGCCAGCUUUGCCGGCAGGAACUUCAGAAACCCCUUGGCCAAGUAAGCUCUGGGCAGGCGAGCCCCUGAGCCCUGUCAUUAGACCUCCGCACGGGCAGCUCAAGGCCCCCAGCCGAUGUCUGCAGGGCCUCUGGUAGUUCAGUGCCCCGUCCCCUCCCUGUGGUGCGCUCACUGCUUCCUUAGAACUACAAAAGCCGAGCUUGACCAUCUGGAACCCUGGUGGAAACCCUGACCCCGUAGUCCUGUGAUUGCCCCAAAUCAUUGUUUUUCUCACCUCGCUUCUCAAGUGUCUGGAGCCAAGUGUAUCUGCAUUGUAAUCUCCGAGGUGUCCACAGGCAAGAUCCCCAGUGGUUUGUGAGCAAAAUAAAAUGGCUUCAGUGUCUGUAGGAAUA